UUGUGGGUGUAAGAGCGUGGAUAUCUUUCUGUGUACUGACAGCAGUACGCAUGGAGCAACGGAGACUCCGUCGAGCCUAAUUGUAGGAUCAUUAGCCAGGAGAGAUAGCUAGUUAUUUAGAAGCAUUAAAAAUAACGAUAGAGCUGCCCGAAGUGGAGGAGAGGGCGCCGUAUUUAGAAAGGAGUAUGGAGAUAGAGAACAGGACAAAUGGGUUCGAAUAUACUGAGAGAAAUAACGUGAAGUCCGUCAACGGCUUCUAUGCAGACCACUCUCUGGAGGCUGAACAGAGUGAGGGGAUUGAUGAUCAGGGUGAUCAGCGCACUUGCCUUAUCUGUGGAGACCGCGCCACAGGCCUGCACUAUGGCAUCAUUUCCUGCGAGGGCUGCAAGGGCUUCUUCAAGCGCAGCAUCUGCAACAAGCGCGUGUACCGCUGCAGCCGCGACAAGAACUGCGAGAUGUCGCGCAAGCAGCGCAACCGCUGCCAGUACUGCCGGCUGCUCAAGUGUCUGCAGAUGGGCAUGAACCGCAAAGCAAUCAGAGAGGAUGGGAUGCCAGGAGGGAGAAACAAGAGCAUCGGACCCGUCCAGAUCUCAGAUGAGGAAAUCGAGCGGAUCAUGUCGGGACAGGAGUUCAAGGAAGAGGCCAGCCUGCCAGAGCACGCCUGGAGCAACAAUGGCGACAGCGACCACAGCUCCCCUGGCAACGGCGUCUCCGAGGGCAACCAGCCCUCCCCUGUAUCCACUCUGUCAUCCAACCGCUCUCUGGAGAUGAACGGGUACACGGCCGCACUCAGGGACCAGUACAUGGGCACGCCCGUGUCCUCGCACUACCAGUUCCUGCCGCACCUUUUCAGCUACGCCGCCCAGUCGGGCCUGCUGCCCCCCCAGCCCCGCGGCCUCUACCCCCAGUCCCAGACCCUCAUCUCCCAGCUGGUGGCCGCGGAGGACCUGGCGCCCCUGGCCACGCCCAUGCUGAUCGAGGACGGGUACAAGGUGACGCAGGUGGAGCUGUUCGCGCUGCUCUGCCGCCUGGCGGACGAGCUGCUCUUCCGCCAGAUCUCCUGGAUCAAGAAGCUGCCGUUCUUCUGCGAGCUCUCCAUCGAGGACUACACCUGCCUGCUGAGCUCCACCUGGCAGGAGCUCAUCCUGCUGUCCUGCCUCACCAUCUACAGCACGCAGAUCUUCGGGGACCUGGCCGACGUCACCUCCAAGUACACGCCCUCCGACGAGGAGCUGCAGGGGUUCAGUGAGGAUGGCAUGGAGGUGAUGGAGAGAUUGAUAUACCUGUUCCGCAAGUUCCACCAACUAAAGGUCAGCAACGAGGAGUAUGCCUGCAUGAAAGCCAUCAACUUCCUUAACCAAGAUAUCAGGGGGCUGACCAACGUGUCCCAGCUAGAGCAGCUGAACAAGCGCUACUGGUACGUGUGCCAGGACUACACCGAGUUCAAGUACCCCCACCAGGCCAAACGCUUCCCCGAAAUCAUGAUGUGUCUGCCGGAAAUCCGCUGCAUUGCAGGGAAGCUGGUGAACGUUCCGUUGGAACAGCUCCCCCUACUGUUCAAAGCAGUCCUGCACUCCUGCAAGUCCAGCCUCAACAGCUUCAGGGCCGGGAGCUCCCCAUGCGUAACCACGGGUACCGCCCCAGGGAACUGAGUCACACCCCCCCCCGACUGAAACCCACCAUCUACCCAGAGAGGGGCCGGAGAGGGACUGCACCCCCUUUUUGUGAAUGUGACAAGCAGCUAUUUUUUACUAUUGUUUCUUUAUAUAUUUAUUACACGACAGAGCUGAAUGUAUGACGAGCUACACAGUGCACGUACUUCUGUACUAAACAAAAUGCACAAAAAAAUGCAUCGGUCUUUGCAGUUUACAAAGUGUGUAACCAAUUGUGAAAUGUUACGGUGUUGCCAUUUUUAGGACUAGUUUUUAUAGAUAUAUUUUAUUUCUUUCUGAGUAGGGGCAGAUAUAUAAGAAAUGAAUUGUGUUUUAUUGAAAGACUACCUCAGGAAUGUGUUAUUGAUAUUUCAGGUACCCUUUUCACUUUUUUCUUUGUAAAAAUAGAAAUGAUCCCCAGUCUAAAAUGAUAUCUUUAUCAAUAUUCUUUUGCUCAGAAUCAGCUCUGGAAUAUUAGUCUUACUACUUUGAGGUUCUGAAUCAGUGUUGUUUGUUAGUUGUUACCAAAGAUUGCUACAGCUACCAAAAUAUUUUUGAGUUUCCCCACUCUUUUUUUUUUUCAUAUUUGUAUGUUCGUAUAUAACUAGUGCUAUGACAAGGUUAUGUACAGAUAUAUUUUUUUGGUAUUAUUUUACUGUAGGAAAACAUACACUUUAGAAGGAUUGUCACUGCUCUCAAAUACUGCCUGGAUAUCUGUGUUUCUGAGUAUGUGUGUGUAUGCUUUAGUCUCCAUACAUAGUGUAACUCAUGGCAGUUUUCCAAGCUUUGCUAGAACAAGAUGCAGUUCAGAAGUAUGGCUGCCUCCUCGUAUGUCGUGGUGAUGUGCUGCUUACGCAGAUUCACAGGAAAACAUUUAAAAUCCAGGAUCACUGCUUACAAGCAGUUGAAGCUUGAGCCAAAAUGGCAGUGGGGCAUUUAACCGGCAUGAACAAACUGCUUAAACCUUUAGUUUAAAGCGCGUCUUAAGAGAGGUGGCACGAUGGGAGCUUCCGGUGUCUAACUGAAAGCCCAUUAGGCCCACCAAUAAUUUAUUCAGUGUUUUAAAUAAGAUGUUUGAUUAUAUUUUAAAUAUGCUUAAACAUUUAUAUAGAGAUGCAGGGGAGCCGUUGAGCGUGCGCAGCUAAUGAAGCCAUGCUACCCAACGUCCCAGUUCCUCCACUGACCGCACAAUUCUACCUCAUUUACACUGUUUGUCUGAGUUUGCAGGUGUUCACAUUGAGGGGACAAAAAAAGAAAAGAAUACGGGUAUUUUAUACAAUCCUAGACUGGGGACAAGGGAGGGGAACGGGAACAUAUUUUUGCUUUUAUUUUUCGAGAAUAUUUCUUUUUUGUUUGUUUUUGACCAAAGUUUAGAAGCGUUAUGCAAAAGUGUUUUCAGUCGGCUCCUUUGUGGGGAGUGGCGGCGCUGAGCUGAUGAUGUGUGUCGGUUGACGACAAAAAGAUUUUUAAAGAGAACGUUUGAGAAUGAUUUUUAAAAAAGCCGUUGCGCUCGCACGCAGAGGGGGCCCCCUAUGGCCUGCCUGCCGGGCGUCGACCGCCCUGCUCUUUGCCGCGAUGGGAUUUGAACAGUGCCUUGUCAUGCUGGCCUCGGGUUCUGAGCUGCUGUGCGGACGCUGUGGGGCUCCAGUCAGCGUGGCUGCGCAUCACUGACCUGAGAUCAGUGAACAGUGAUCACUGACCCGCUGGAGCCGCGUUUCCUCUGAGGGUGGUCAUUCGGGUUCGGAGGCGGUCCGGGAUGCUUCGGGUUGAGGCGGAAACGGGCGGAAUGUGGCGGUGUGGCGGUUUUCGGGCGAGAGCGAAGCGGAGGCCGCGUGGAGGGGAGGGCGUGGUCGCGUGAGCUCGGUCGCGUGGCUUGGACCUUCAUUCUUGUCGGGCGCUGCUCCGGGCGGCCGACUGGACCGGCAAUCGAAGCGCGAGACAGAUACGCACACCGUUAAAGCCGUGCGAAAAUGGUUUCGGGGUUUUGCUCACGACGUCGAUUUCUUUCGCGCGUUAAGUAUUUUACUCUUUCAUUUGCUCGGACCUGAACGGUUUUCAGAUUGUUUGAGUUUCAGGACGAAGCGUCUGACCUUUUCUGAAGCCUCGCAACAAUUCUUAAUCUCUUGUUGGACGAUGCGGGCCUGUCGUGUGAGGAAGUGGCUUUGGAGUCAGGGUAGGGCCAGGCGACGGGAGUUCGGCCCGGUGCAGCGCGAGAGAAACCCUGUUUCGGACACUCCGGCGUGGCUGUGUCCGCCCCUCACACCAGCCCCUAGGGCUCUCUUUGGUCUCUUCUCUCAAGUCCUUAUCGACUUGUGUUUAAACAGGGUAAAGUGAGUGUUUUUUUUGUUUUUUUUUUUGUCUUGCAUUUGGAAGUUACUCAGAUAUCACUAAGCUGAUGUACACGUAGAUUUAUUAGUCGUAGAUUUUAGCACAUUGUAGGUUAUUUUAUAGGAGGUGUUUUUUUGUUUGUUUUUUUUGUGUGGGGAGGGGUAGGCUGCGGUUUGAAGGGAUUUUUUUUUUAAUGACAAUUUUUCAAUAUCAAUUUCAAAAGUUUCAUCAGGUUAAAAAAGUGAGUAAAAAAAAUAAAAUAAAAAGUAGAAAUGCUUGGUUCACAUUUCGGAGCGGGGAGACUUGCUGUUGGAGGCGCUCGCCUGUCCUCGCCGCGACUCGCACCCGGUUUCUCCUCGGGUCGCGCUGGUGGCGGAGCGCAAGGUCCGAUGGUCCGCUCUCGAGUUCCGCCGGGCUGGUAGGCGGGAACGAGGGGGCGGGGUCAGCCGCCAGCCGAGAAACGGCGCCGACGAAGGCUUUUGCGAGCGCGUCCGUCCGUCUGUCGCCGCUUUCCCCGUCGAAGACAUUCCAAAAAUGCGAAAUAUAUUUUUGAAAAAAUGUUUACAAUUUGCACCAGACAAUGAUUAGCAAGCAACCAUACCAAAGUUGUGGCUCUGCUAUGCCGUGCAUUCGGGUGACUCAUGCCGAACUGCAUGAAGCCGUUUCUGCGGGGCCAGUGUCUAGCGUGCCAGCCUGCUGCAGCAUCCACUGCCCUUACCCAGAAUGCAAAGCCUUUUAGCUCUCCGUUCAUUUUUGCUCACUACCCUAGCGAAGUGGCAGAACCAUAUUGCAUUAAUUUUACCCUCUUCAGAUUUUUUUUUUAAUGUCUAUUCUUAUAUUAAUAGUUAUUGUGAACGAUUUUGUCUUUCCGUAUUUUUUUUAAGAUCUCAAACCAUUCUUUAAAGUGAAGGGUUGUAAUUUUUGGUAUAUUUCGAAAACUGUUCAAUGUUUGAUGAUGUAAUCGCUUUCCUUCGACAGUACAGCCACGGGGUCCUGGCCUGGAACUAAAUGUGACUCGUUGGCGACUGUCGACCGUCUAAUGUAAAUAAAGGUCAAAGUGUAUGUGCGAUGGUGACAAGCCUUCUGCGUAGAGCUUUCCGCUGGUCAAAGCUCAGGGAUUAGUAUUUUAAAUGUGAUCUCCGAGAAAGCUCCGCCCAGUGGCGUUGGUGACCCCUGGUUAGGGGUGGGAUUCCUGCAUCGUGUCAUUGCACUGGUUUUUCUGAAAGAGCUUCAGUAGCAGGCAGUGCUCUGAGGUCUUUGUCCGUCUCAACAGCUGAGAUAAAGUACUACUGAAAACUGCUAAAGUACGAUAACCAAAAAGGCUGAUAUGUCUAUCUGCCAGUUCUCUCUCUCUCUCUCUUCAUUUUAGAGUGAUUUUUACAUUUGUUUUUAUUUGUCUUUCCUGAAUUGUGGAAUGUGUCUUCACAGUUGAUACUUUUUUAUCGGUUGCAAUUUCUACACUGAAACUACCUCUUAUGUGGUUUGGGGAAGUGCUGCUUACUUCCCCAGAACGAAUGUUAAUCUUAUUUAUUGGUUUCUCUCCACCAAUAUCUCAUUGCUUGUGUCAAACACUCUUCUUCUCUGUUUUUUACAUUGCUUUGUCAUUUUUACUCAGUUUACAAAUCUUGAACAGUUAUGUUUGUCUUGUUUUUUUUUUUCCAUUGUUGCCUCAAAUGCAAUCCUACUUCACCUUUGGCUAAACUGCAGAAUAUACUGACUGUUGUUUGCCUCUGGGUGGAGCUACUGAGCAUGAUGGCUUCUACAGUUUGUAUUGAUCCUGUCACCUUUCUCCUGUUCAAAAACAAGUGGUCUGUUAAACACAGAUCCUUCCAGUGCAAUUGUUCAUACCUUUAGUCCUGUCACACCUUUUUGUGCUAUUGGGCCUUGUUCACUGUGUGAUUUUUUUACCCAUUCCUUCUGUUGUGUUGAUUUGAUUUCUAUGCACAGGUUCUUUUUUGGAGAAUGUAAGAGAGCAGAGGUAAACCAGCAGGGCACAUCUAAUCUAUUUUCACUGUAAUAAAAAACACUCACACAUAUUGUUGUAUAUUCAUGGCACCUUUGCUGUUCCACCAGAUGAUGAGAUCUCAUAUUGUACUAUCCAAUUAAUUGUGUCAGUAAUGCUUUCAUUAUCUAACUGUGAGACACAGAAUGUAAGAUACAUUUCUAUGACAAUUAUAAUAACCAUUGUCAUCAACAGUUUGAAAAUAAGGCUCUGGUUUUUAAGUGUGGAGCUAUUCAGUGUUAAUAUGGCUAAUGUUACUUGUUAUUCUCACUAUGAAUGUAAUUCUUGACAGCUUAAUGUUUUUCCUCCCUUUUUCCUUGCUGUUUUCUGUUUCAAUGCCGAUCCCCACAGCUGUGACACUUUUCAGCCAAUCAGCUUUCUUUUUUUCCUAAACUGUUACGGGUACACUGAUUGGCUGUUGAAAGACUAUCAAAGGUGAAGUCAAUUAAACUGCACAAAUGAGUGCACAGGCUAGGGAAUAAGUAGAGAAUAUAAAAGCAGGUCCUCCUUAAUGGAGUGAGGGAGAUGAGGCUUUUGCCAACCAAGGCCUUUGUUAAUUGGAAACACAGUUUAGAAUUUUGAGUGGGAAGCAAACAUGUAAAGAAGAAGUAGAAGAACUGAAAUACCUCUUAGUACAACAUACCUCUGCAUUGAUGUAAGCCAAAAAUUGUUUCCCUCAAAAUCCUACAUAGCCUGAAUGAGCGAGUGGCUCCCCCAAAGUAACAACAGUGCCUUUGUCUUACCACUAGAUGGCAGAAAAGGCACUGAAAAGGGGAUCAAGCAAAGUAGUGGCUUACUUUGAAUGUAACACAAUAACUGAACAGGGGAACUGUAGUGUCAACUGCCAGAAAAAUAAAAAAAAGAUUGUCAUGGACUCAUUUUAACUGGGUUCAUAUUGUGUUAUGUGGGAAAUGUAUUCUUGCUCUUUGUACUUCAGGUGCAUUAAUUAUUACCAUCAUUGCUUUGUUAACAGCUUUCUCCUGCCCUUUUACUUCUACUACCUCUGAAAAAUGUGACCAUUAAGUGUUCAAAAGCAUGUGUAGUAUGUGUUAGGACUUGAAACUAAAUAAAUGUGAACCUUAUGCAACUGUG